GUGUUUUUCCUGUUUUUUUCUAACGUAACUCCUUUCCUCCUCCUCCCCUGCUCAGCCCCUCGCCGCCGCUCGGCCGCCCAGGCGCCCCCGCAGAGGCUCCGCCGCGGGCAGUCGCGGGGCGGCCGCCCCGGAGCAGCGCGCCCGGCGGCGGGGAGCCCGCGGUGCCGCGCCCCGCGGAGCCGCUCCGGAGGUAUGGUUUUCUCGGCGGAGCAGAGCUGCGGCCGCUGCCACCUUCGCGGGUGUUGAGACAGGAUUUGUGCGGUGCAGUUCCUGGGCUCCGAGCUUCAUGACUGCGCGGAGCGGGGAACCAACACCAUGCGAGCACAAAUUGAAGUGAUACCAUGCAAAAUUUGUGGUGAUAAAUCCUCUGGAAUACACUAUGGAGUCAUCACAUGUGAAGGCUGCAAGGGAUUCUUUCGGAGGAGUCAGCAGAACAAUGCAUCCUAUUCCUGUCCAAGACAGAGAAACUGUUUAAUUGACAGAACCAACAGAAAUCGCUGCCAACACUGCCGACUGCAGAAAUGUCUUGCCCUGGGAAUGUCUCGAGAUGCUGUGAAAUUUGGAAGAAUGUCCAAAAAGCAGAGGGAUAGCUUGUAUGCUGAAGUGCAGAAGCACCAGCAGCGACUGCAGGAGCAGCGGCAGCAGCAAAGUGGUGAGGCAGAAGCUCUCGCCAGGGUUUACAGCAGCAGCAUCAGCAAUGGCUUGAACAAUCUGAAUAAUGAAACUGGCAGCACCUACUCCAACGGGCACGUCAUCGACCUGCCAAAGUCUGAGGGCUAUUACAACGUGGAUUCUGCCCAGCCCUCCCCAGACCAAUCCGGGUUAGACAUGACUGGAAUCAAACAGAUAAAGCAGGAACCUAUCUAUGACCUCACCUCUGUACCAAACUUGUUUACCUAUAGCUCUUUCAACAGCGGGCAGUUAGCUCCAGGGAUAUCCAUGAGCGAAAUCGAUCGAAUAGCACAGAAUAUCAUUAAGUCUCAUUUGGAGACAUGUCAAUAUACAAUGGAGGAAUUACAUCAGCUAGCGUGGCAAACCCACACAUAUGAAGAAAUAAAGGUUUACCAGAGCAAGACAAGAGAAGCUCUGUGGCAGCAGUGUGCCAUUCAGAUCACCCAUGCUAUCCAGUAUGUGGUGGAGUUUGCAAAGCGCAUAACAGGCUUCAUGGAGCUCUGCCAGAAUGACCAAAUUCUCCUUCUUAAGUCAGGCUGCUUGGAAGUGGUUUUGGUGAGAAUGUGCCGUGCCUUCAACCCACUUAACAAUACUGUUCUGUUUGAAGGAAAGUAUGGAGGGAUGCAAAUGUUUAAAGCUUUGGGUUCUGAUGAUCUGGUAAAUGAAGCAUUUGACUUUGCAAAGAAUUUAUGUUCCUUACAGCUGACUGAGGAGGAGAUUGCCUUGUUUUCAUCUGCUGUUCUGAUAUCACCAGAUCGAGCCUGGUUAAUAGAGCCAAGGAAGGUCCAGAAGCUUCAGGAAAAGAUUUACUUUGCACUUCAACAUAUUAUUCAGAAGAACCACCUCGACGAGGAGACAUUGACAAAAUUAAUAGCCAAGAUACCAACAAUUACUGCACUUUGCAACUUGCACGGAGAGAAACUGCAGGUAUUUAAGCAAUCUCAUCCAGACAUAGUGAACACACUGUUUCCUCCAUUAUACAAGGAGCUUUUCAAUCCAGACUCAACCACUGGCUGCAAGUGAAGGGGAUAAUAGAAUUUUCAUGUAGUCAUGGAAUGCGUCACUAGUAAGACAAAGAGAAAUGUUUUCAUGAAGAAAUUAUUAAAAAUGUCACUACUGCAACACUAGGAAUGUCAUGCACUUAAUAGAAUUAUUUUUCACCGCUACAGUUUGAAGAAUGUAAAUAUGCAACUCUGAGAGGGGAUGUCUUUUUUCUCUUUUGUUUACUUUUUUUUUUUCAUUUUUGAACUGACAAUGAAUAUACAAAUAUAGGACACUGGGUGUUACCCUUUUUUUUAAAUUUACUUUUAUUGGGGGAUGUUUUGGGAGACAACUAUUCCUAGAAUUUUAUUGUAGAUAUACAUGAUAAUAGAGCAGUACUUUGCAGUAUUACUCUUGCUGUUUAUUGUUAAAAUAUAGUUUAAGAAAAUUCCACUUAUUAGACUGCCUAGUUCUAUGUUUUUAGAUAGUUUAAUGCAUGUGGAAAUUUGUAGCUGUCUUGGAAAUUAUGGUGCAUAUAUGGAAGACACACACACUCACAUAUAUAUACAUAUAUAUGUGUAUGUAUGUAUAUAUAUAUGUAUGCAUUAUAUGCAUACAUGCUGUAACUUAAAAUCACAUGCCUAUAUUUAAAGGAUGCUCAAACCAGCUGUCAUGUAUUUCUUACUCUCCAAGUAGUGUAUUAGAUUUACUUUGGGCAAUCAAGAUUUGUUUUGCCAGAGUUAAAUUGUCAGCUGCCAAUAUGUAAUGACAGGAUCACUUCCAAGAUCUGUGUAAUGUAGUGCAUGUGUGCUGUGUGUAAAUCAAACAUCAGGAAUGUAUCAGUGGUGCAAAAGCCUUGUCUGGAUGGUUUUAGUGAAAAGAGGAGUAGGAUUGGGGUGUUUUAUUAUUUUCUCACUGUUACACGGAUAGAACAUAUACAAAAGUGAACAUGGUAGGACCUGAUCUCAGUAAAGUAUCUGAACAUGGACUAAAAAUGUAGACAAUCCCAUAUGUACAUUUUUGUGAUUUCACAUAGGAUUUUGUUUUAUAUAUACUGCUUUGAAAAUUAGCUUCAAAUCUUGGUUUGUUUUUUGCUGAACUCAUUAGAAAGAUAGGUAGUAAGCUCAGUGAAAACCAUGGCAAGCCUAAAACGUAUCUCUGAAGAGGAAAGAAAGGAGGGAAGGAGGAAGAAAGUCAAAAGUGAGUGAAGUCCAUGGUUACUACAAACAACAGUGUAAUUGUCACUGUUUCUGACAGUCAUCAUCUAGGUGGGUCUGAUGGUUUCCAUUACACUCAUACAUCCAUACAUCUGUGUAUGUUCUAAACACAUGCAUAUAUGUAUGUAUAUAUCUCUAUGUAUAUAACUGUGUAUAUAUAUAUAUAUAUGCAUAUAUAAGAUUUAUUUUAGAUGCAUUUCAGGAGUGGAGCAAAGGAUUGGAGUUUUCUUUUUGUCUGUCUGUGAAUUGACUGUAUGUGCAUUUGCUUGCAAAACCAAAGGCAAACACAGAGGGGAGUAGAAGGCUGCCAUAGAAUUAAUCUUGUGGAUUAAUUAAAUUUAAUCAGCAGUCAUUAUUAAUGUAUCUGCAUUCUGCCAGUAGUACAAAACACUGAUGUUUUAGCUUUGAAAGAGGGAUUUAGUUUCUGCUACAUCUCUCUUUACCACCACUUUUACCCAUUCUGAACUUUUUCAGAGCACUCUCCUCUGGGAUGCCAGCAAAGGGCAUAGAGCAGAAAUAAGAAGAAGCAGGCAGUAGAGAAGAAAGGAAGUGGAGGCAGAAUCACAAGCAGAUGUGUUUCUUUAUUUCAAACCAUGCCGAAGCCAGUGCAAUCUGAGGCAAGGCAAGGGGAAGCCCAAAGGAACUGCCCGUUUGCCAGACUCAUGGAGGGGCAGUGUCACAGGGAGCCCACAGGGACACAGGUGGGCCCUGGGGUGGGUGAAGAAAAUCAGUCUGUUGUAGUGAUAACAUAAUGUCUUGUGCAGCUCUGGUCUCAGGCUUCUCUUUUCUACAUGAGCAGAUAAUUCACAGCCUAUUUCAAGUACUUUGAGGAGUUCUCCCUUGGCCUUCCAUCAGUCAGUUUGCAAGUUUACAUAUAUAUUUUGUGGCAGAAUCAAGUCUAGGGAAUAUCACAGUUUGUUUGUUCUGUUUUAGCAAGGCCAGAACAGGUACAAGAGUAGUUACAAACUCUCAGCUAAUAAAUGUUUCUGUACAGAUCCAUUACAACUUAAAAAAAAAAAUCUGUCCAGCAAAUUUAGUUGUGAGAAUUUUGUUGCAAAUGUGACAUACUCCUCAAAAUUGCUUAAUGCCAUAGAACAGCAGUUACUAAAGUUACCUUUUUUACUCCAAAUUCAGAGCACGGUUCUCUAGUGACUACCUUAGAAUGUCUUCAAUUAACAUAAUAAAGCAUUUCUCUUGAUGCUUCUUUAUACCACUCUAACUGUAAGACUGAUAUUCCUUUAUAAGGUGAUUUACCUAUUUGCAGCUCUUUUUGUAUAGCAAAUCCAAGAAAAGGAUCACAAAUUUCAAGUAUGUGUAUAUCAAAACUUAAUGUCUAUGUACUAUUUGUAUAGAUUUAUCAGGAGAAAAAUUGAGUCGUACUGAACUCUAAAAGUGCUCAGUUUUAAUUGCAGGGGAUUCAUGUUUUUCUUGAUUAACCAACACAAGAAUACACACAUACUGUUUGAAAUAUUUUAUAAAUUUAUUUACAGUAUAUCAAAAGUAUAUAUUUAGCCAACCCAUAGAAAUAUAGAAUAAGGGAUAAAUACUACUGUUCAUAGUGCUGCUUAAUAAAGAGGUUUGUCAUGUCUAUAAAUAGUCCUUCACAAUUGGGUGUUACAUCUUGAAAAUGUUGUUUUCUUCUCUAAUAAGGUAAUUGCUCCUUGGGAUUUUUGAAUUACUUCUCAAGCAAGAUAACUAAAUGAAGGUCACCAGUGAAAAUGACAUUAAUCAUUCUCUUUGGGGCCUUUAAUCUUUAAAGCCCUAUUCUUAUAUCACUACAAUGUCAUGACCUUUUCAAUCAGUAAUGAUUAUGAUCACAUUUUAAAGAUGUGGAAAUGAAAGAAAAAAGGUUAAGCAACUUGUGAGAGACCACAAAGGUAGAAAUACCCAGUUUAGAAAUAAAAUUGGAUUCUUGACUCUUGUCCUAAAACUUCUAAUACUCUGUCAUACAAGAUCUUCAUUGUCAUUGAUAGGCAAUAACCUCUACCGAGAUUUUCAAAUAUUGAAAAAAAAAAAUUUGUUACUAUUAGUACAGGAUUUGAGCAAAUAGUGUUGUGGUUUACUUGGAAAAUGAAAAUUCAUUUUUGAACACUAUUUAUUUAUGGAACUGUGCUGUGCUAACUGUAAUUAGUUUUUUUUUAAUUUUCUGUCACUUGGGCUUGGCCACAUAGGUAUAGUACCUCUUUUGCCCUUCAUUGACUGAGUGUAGAACAAUAUAUGGCGAUCACAUGCCACAGGCUGGAUUUUUGUGAUUGGUUUUGCUGACACAGUCACUUACAUUCAAAAUUUCAAAUUCUUUAUAUUGGACUUCACAUAUUUAAGUUUUGGACUUCACAUAUUUAAGUUAUCCAUAGACUUUUAAUGAUAAAAUAGCAUGAAUUUUAGUAACUAACUUAAUAAUUCACAAUAUUAGUUCUUCAUUUUAGUUUUUUUUGGCUUUCAGUAGUCCACGGUAAAACCUGAAACUUUUCAAUGAGUGUCUAAAAAUAAAAUUUGUCACAUCUUCUUUCUGUAGUAACUGGAUAUGUUUGUUGAUUUUUUUUAGUGACAAACUUUUCAAAUGAGACACAGUUUUUAAUGAUUGAUUAACCUGGGUCCUGUAACAAAACCAUAUUUAAAGCAUAUAUUUAAACCAUGUAUUGAAUUUACUGCUUGUAGCAUUGCUCUCCAGUAAUUCAGCCAUAUAUGCUAUAUUACCCUUGGCAUUGAGGAAGCAGAUUUACAGUGUUCAUUAUACUGUACUAUAUAUACUACCACAUAGACUAUACUACCUAUACUACCACAAAGACUUCAUUUUGCUGUAAAUAUCUCCCUUGCCUGCUCUUCCUAUAAAAAAAUUAAUUCUAAGAUUCAUAUUUCUUUCUAAUGGAAAUUGCUAGAAAAGAAACAUGGUAGUAGAAGGCACCUCAGUUGAGAAAACCUGUUUCUGAAAGCAGCGUACAGCUUUUGAUUGGCCUGUGGAUGAACAGCAUUAAUUAAUUGAUUCUGCAAGUUGUCAGACACUUAGCUCUAACUAAAGUCAAUAAAAAUUGAGUCAUUUCAGCAAAGAAGAUGCUCAACCGGUAGCAAGACUUUGCAUUAAGUGGUCCCACCUGAGUUCUGUUGAGCAGAAGGCAAAUGUUACUCUCCUAAGUGCUUUGACUUCAUGCUCCGUGUUGUUCAUUUCAGCCCAGUUUCACAGGCGUCAGUUUAUUCUCCUGAUGCACCUUGGGCACCAGUGCUGUUUCAAUACCUGCACCAGGUUAUGGUGCUGAGGUGGAGCAGCUACCAGAGCUGCCCAUGAAGAUGAGCUUUGUUAUGUGGUUUUCUUUGUUGAGUCUUGCAUAGGGGUGUGUUUCCCUUUGGGACAGUUUGGAGGAUUUCUGAUGUAACAACUUCUACACAAAGAGGCUGCAAAGCUGCUCCUAUGCGCUAGCCUCUUGGCCUCCCUCUACCAGGCUGUACGAGCUUCUCUAAGAUUGCCACCAUCCCACAAACUGGUCAGGCAGCUUAGCUAGAGAUGUGCAGCUGAUGGCUCCUUUCCCUGUUGACUUUUCGACCCCUCUGAAGCUGUGUUUCAAAUGCCAUUUGAAAGAUGUUCAGGCUCCCCCAGUCCUCCUCCUCCCUCCUGCCUCUGCAUUGAUUGUGCUGUUUCCAGAAGAGCUAAGGUCCAGCCUGAAAUGUGGUUCCUAUUUUCAGUCAUUGUCUUUUGGACAUCCUAGGAAUAUAGCGCAUAAGAUAAAACUGAAACACAAAAGAUUUUUUUUUUUUGGUCCAAUUCAUUAUGUCUAUAAGUGUAUGAAAUGGAACCCUGAGACAGAGCAGCUUGCUUUUCCCUGGCCAAUAAAAUAGUAGUGUAUUUACGCCUACCAGCCUGUCCCAGCACCUUCUGCCUCCACUCUAGAAACUGAAUCCUAUCUCUGACAUCCAUUAGGAACAGUGUGCUGGAGGCCCAGUCCUCAUCCUUACUCUUUUAAGUUUCAUGCUUUGUAAAUGACAAUCACUGCUUAAUGCAAAUGUUGCACUCUAUGCCACUCAGGGACGUUUCAUUACUGAAAAUAACUAUAAAUAUAACAGUGAUAAUACAGAAGAGAAUGUAAGAGACUUUAAAGGGCAUGGGUUGAGCUGCCCAAGUGAACGUGACCCAGACAAGGCUUUCAAGCCAAUGAUAAGAAGUAACAUUGGUAUGAAUUGAAUUCACUGUCAGCAUUUCCUCAGCUUGAUCUGUCAGACUUUGCCUGUCAUUUCACAGUCAGCAGAGUCAUACUGACCCAUCAGCUGAUGAUGUUAAGGCUCUUUUGGGAACAAAGUGUAAGCAUGCGUUGUAUGAAUUACUGAAUUUAGACAACUGACAAAGUUUCAAAGUACUCAGUUCAUGUACCAUUUGUGUGAGCUCAUAUUCAGACUUGCUGCAGGUGUGUAAGAGGAAAGGUUAAGACAUGGAAUAAGUAUGUCAGCAAUGACAAGAGCACCAAGCUAGGACAUGGAGAAGUGACUGUGAAGAACAAGUAGACAUGAGCAAGUGGCUAUCAGCUACCAUUUUCUCUCAGGGAUGCACAAAAUCAUAGCUAGCCCAUGACUCUGUAGCAAUACUUCUCCAUGGUACGAUUAGUUCCUUUCUCACAUCAAGAAAACAUUACCCCAUUGUAUACUGUGCUAGUGAAAAGUACUUCCAGUUCCUAAGUUUUGAAAUGUGCUUAUCCGUAGCUUUACACCACAGGUUUUCUGUCAUUACAACACACACAGAAGGAUAAAUUGCAGAGGAUUACAUUGCCAGUCAUUAAGUUAAUUCCAUGUCUUCAACCAAGAGGUUUUCCUCAGCUCUGAAUAUGAUCAUUGCUCCUGUUAUCACAGUGAGUAUGUGUGGUUUUUGACUCCUUCCAUUCUCAGAACUCCCUCCACCUAGAAGACUGAUGGACAAGUUCAGGAGGUGAAGAGGCCAGCAUCCUUAUGCAUUAGGAUCUUCACCAUCAUAUUCUUUGCCAAGCAUCCCAUUGCAAUUUUUACUUUAAUCCUUCAGGUUGCUUGGAGCCAUGUCCAAGUGACUGAAGUUCUUGUUAGCAUGAUAGAUUCCCAUUAAAAGGUUCAGUCUUAUGAUCAGAGGACCUAGCCUCUCUUUCCUUUUCCUUUCACUCCUAGCUCCUAGUGAACAAGGCUUGGUGUAGCAAAUGACUCAUCUUCAUUCUUUCUCAAAGUUGAUCAGUACUUGCAACCUGCAAGGGAAGCUCCACCCAGGUGGUAGAAAGGAAGCUCCUUCCUCCUCUUCCUUCAUGCUCUCACUUAGCUGUGUUGUUCCUGCAUGCAUCAUCCCUGCAUGUGUUGUCCCUGCACGACUCUAUGACAAUGAGCCCAACACCCCAGUAAGUUAUCAUCCCAGAAGUUGUUUGCAGCUCUAAAAGCCACUUGUCUGCAGUUUACAGACAACAGUCAUUGUGAAAAGAGGCUUAAAACUUCCACAGUGGUAGCUCACAGAUCAGUAACUCUCCUAAAAAGGCAGGCUGAACGUCCGGGGGCAGCUGUGUCUGCGUCCUCCAAAUGACCCUUGUGUUGCAUCUCUGUUGAGAGGAUAAAGCAAUGAACAAAAUGCUCUGGGAAAGGAGAAGUAUUUCCUGGGUGUUACUGCAGACAGCGAGGAUAAUACUGCUUACAUUGAGUUCAGUAACAUGACGUAAUACAUUUGCAUAAUUUUGUCAUCCUCACAAUUCAAUCACAGCACAUAGGGAAAGUGAAAGAAAACAGCAUUGGAUAUAUAUGGCAGCAAUAAGUAAAUUGUAACUGUUUCUUUGUAACUGUACUUGCAGGAAUUGUUUGCUUUGCACGUGGUCUUCUGUACAAUAAUGAAAAGAAAAAAUUCAGCUAAUGUAGAUAUGGUGAUUUUGCAUAUUUUUUGAUUUGUUGGAUAUAGCUGCUAAUUUAUGAAUGAAAAUACUGCUGUUGAGAAAAUUUCUUGUGCUUCAAGAAAGUGCUGAGGUCCUUGUUUAUGACUAUACAUGGACAGCGGUAAAGUAUGUUCAAUAAAAGAUUCUGUCUGGAGAGAAUUUUAAAAAAUAACUCCUAGUUUUCAAUAUUAGGAACACAUUGGCCCCUUAUUUGGGAAACAGGAAUGCAACUGCAUUGAAACACAAGCAGGAGCAGAUAGUUAACCAUCAAGACCCAGAAAGAACAGGAAAGAACAGGCUUUACCUUGACAACUGUUUUGGAUAAAACCAGCGUAUUUGAAGAAAAAAAAAAAAAGCAAAAAAAAAAAGCACUUAUACUUGUCUUGAUUAGACAUACAGCUUAAUUAAGUCAAAGUAACUACAUUAGGCUGUUGACUUUGGGGAUUCAGAUUCAGAUGCACUACAUUUGUGGUUUUUUUAAUGUGUCACUUCAAUGUCAGAAUCAGGCAAAAAAAGGUGUUUUGUUGUUAGUAAAAAAAGAUAAUAAUCAUUUAACCCUACAGUGUGUGGACCACACAUUCUCUUGCAGUAUAUGGGGAUUUAUUCAUGCACUUAUUUUUAAAAAGCCACUGAGUAGCAUAGCCAGUGAACUAGCCGUGAUAGUCUUUACCUCUUGGGUGGCUGCCAUGUGACCUCUAGUACACUUUUGGGAGCGGCUCUGUGUUUUUACUUGUGGCAACAAAUAAAGCACAACUGAACUCUAAGCUGUUAUCAACACUCAGCUAAAUCAAAUACAUUGAGUAUUUUGAGAUUUAUGCUAAUCGCUAUAAUUCCCAUGUCAAACUAAUUACUUCAAUUGUAAUGAAUGGACAAUAUAAAGAAUAUAGGAAUCAUAACAGCAACAAAAUCCCUUAUUUUACAGCUGCACUCUCUGCCUCAUUUGAUUAACACUAAAGAAGUUACUUAAAAACUAAACAAACAAAACAAGAAGAAAGAAACCUGAGUAUGUAUUGUAGAAAUGUAGAAGACAAAUAAAAUAUUUUUUCAUAUGUAAUUACUUUUAAUAUAUGCUUGUGGAAGGUCCAAUACUAGGUAUGCUGUCUCAGUAAUUUUUGCUGUAAAUAACUUGGGACAGUGAAUACACUGAUUUUUUUCUAUGUCUCUGUUUAAACAUAAGACUUUGUAAUGUUGGAUUUUUUUUAAAGAAGAAAAACAUCAAAGAGCAAAUUAUGUACUUGCUUCCUGUAAGUGUAAUGUUCUCUUCAGUUUUUAUGGAAACUGAUUGUAAUAGAUAAAGCCUUUUGACCAGCCAUUGAUAUUUAGUAUAUGCUUCUGUUCAUAAUUUGGAAAAAAAUGUGGGAUUGUCAGUGAAACAUGAUCCCAGCAAGUCUGUACAGUGAGUAUUAUAAUAAUUCCUGCAGACUGCAGUUGACUGAUCUGAAGAAAAGUUGUUCAAGCAAAUAAUGCUUCUUUGUAGCAUAUGGCUUUUAUGAAUCCUUCUGACAUUACUUAUAUUAAUAGAAACAUUUCUCUCUUUCCAAUGAGCAAAAUAUUUUUGUAUGCCUUUAAUUUCUUAUUUAGAUUUGAGGUCUGGUCACUCAUUAGCUGUAAUCUGAAGCCAUAACUGAUCUUCACCAAAUGAACAUUUUAAAGAUAAUAAUGGAAAAAGAAACUAUGUCCAGUUUAUCAACAGUUGUAAUGUAAUACAGGCAGGAGCGUAAAUAAUUAGCAAAGUACUUAGAUGCUAUUCCGGCAUCCAAAUGUGACUUUAAUGGCUAGUAUUUUGUGAUUACCAAUUUAUAAAAAAAAUAAAAACAUAAUUAAGAUAGAUAUUUAGAUUUAAAUGAAGCUUUCUAAUAUUUUUGGAGUAUCCCUGAAAAUGCUUUUAGGAUUGUGAGAAGAAAUGAUUUUUCAUAAACUUCCCACUUUCAAAUAUCUAAUGUUUUUAUCCUAUUUCCAGUUCAUUUUGUUAGAGUGAAAUGAGAUGUUAAGGAUCCAGGAUCCAAGCCCUGAGCUAUUUGGCGCUUGGCUGUAGUUAUAUUGUUGUAAAUCAAUUUAGUUUUCAUCUUAGGGGUGUGUUGUUUUUUUAUUUGGUAAGCAUGUUUACCACUGUUGGUAACACACAAGUGUUGCAUUGCCUGUCAAGAAAUAUGAUAAUAAACAAUCUAAUAAAAUAAUGAGUAACACUCAAAAUUAAUCACUCUCAAAAGACAAAUAAAAAUUCCUUUCUAAAAUCAAAUGCCUCAUAGAGUCAACAGUGAUGUUUUUUGGUUUUUUUUGUUUUUUUUUACUAAGCUCAAUUGUGUAAUAACUGUCAUGUGUCUUAACUGGCUUGUAGAUGCAAAAACCAUAACUAUAAACGAAUCAUGAUGUACUGGGUAAAAAUCUGGCUCCAUUGAAACCAGCAGCAAACCGUUCACUGAUUUCAACAGUGCCAGGAGUUCAUCCAGAAUUUUUACAUCUGCAAUUCUCUUCUGAUCCUUGUCCCUUGUUUAAUAUAAUUGACUUAAUUUAUGUGUAUGUGACUAAAAAGACAGCCUGAUACAUUUAGAAAAUGACCAUUGAGGGUUUUUUAUCAUGAAUCUCGUAGGACCAGCAUCCAUGUCAAAUGAAAAGGUUCUAUAUUACUUUAGAAUGUAAUAGAUCUUUGGCUUAUUUUAUGACCUGUAAAUUAUUAGUUAAACACUGUUAGCAUUUCAUAAUAAUGCACACAUGAUUUUUGAAUGUUUUCUGUAAAUGACAAUCAAUGUUGAUGAAGUUCCUUUCUUUAAUGCAAAAUUAAAAAAAAAAAAAAAAAAGAAAAUAAACUCUUUUGUGGGUUUUGGUUUGGGCUUUUUUUCCCCCCUGUCCCUUUAAAUUACCUGUAUCUUACAGAGAAAGAUACAGUGUCUGCAUUUUCAACAGAGAAAAUAAUCCUUAACAUCAUGUGUCCAUACCCUCAGCAGGGGAGUUUUAACUAGACCAACUUCAAGAUCUCCUUCCAGCCAAAACCAUUCUAAGAUUCUAUGAUGAGGUGCCUGUACUUUCAGGGGUUUUCCUAACAAAUAGAAUUAGAUAUAUAGCAUGUUGCAACAUCAACAUUGAUGGUAAAGUGGCUUUGUUUUGCAUUUUAAGUUAUAGCUGUGACUUUUGAAUAUGGAAAUUGCUGUACUUAUUAAUUUAUUUCUCUGUUUAUUUGGGGGAAAGCUUCAGCUGGUAGAAAAGCAAAACAGCAUAGAAACAGUUGUGUGACAGCAAACUGUGCAGUAGUGUAACAGAAGGUUACUUUAUUUAAAAUGGUCAAUAUGUCAAAUAUUUUUUAAGUCUGUGUAUGUCUAGCUGACAAGGCUGUAAGCAGUACCUUUUAAUGAUACUAACUUUAAAUUUUUAGGACCAUAAAUUUAAAUCAGAAGUAAAUUUAAAAACAAUAUCAAAAGACCUCAUUUUGCAAACUGUUAGGCACAUGUUUAUUAGUGUACUGACUAGCAGGCUUAAUGCAGUAUUUGCACUUAAAGCCAGCUAUGUUUAAAUGUUUUAAACAUCUGUGGGAAAGUGACUGAGAGGAUAAAGAAAACAGUACAGAAAUUUCAGGGGAAAAUAUGCUUGCUGCUCCCAGGUGGAAGGCAGUCAGCACACCCAACCUCCCAGACACAACACAAUCUGUGGGGUCUAAAUGCAGGGUGGAGUGGAGACACCAUGGCCAGGCACUACAGUCAAAAUUCUUGAGAAGAGGGAACUCGGUGUCCUCUCCAGCUGAAAACCCUCCCAGCAGUUUAAAACCAAGACAGGGAAAGGGAGAUGUCCUGCUCUUGUGUCAGCAGCUUUGGGAAGGUCACUGACACAGGUCCCCAUCCCAAGGUUAUCUCAGGUGCUGCCCUUAAUAUCUGCCCUCUGGGUACAGCCACCCCUCACUGAGUAAGAUGUGUGACAGCCAGCAGUGGGUCCAGAUGUGGAGAUGCAGGAGGGGGAGUGACCCUGACCCAUCUCCUGACCUCCUGAACUGCUCAGUGAAGGGUCCCCGCAGCAGGACGCUGACAGACUGGUCAGACACAAGGGCCGAGGCUUUCCUGGGGCACUGACAGGUGUUCAACUAGUUACUAACCCAUGCAAAUGCAGCCUCCUGGAUCAUCAUAUAUCAUAGAUGCCUUCAACCAUGACUUACCAUGCCCUUCAGGCAACAUCUCUGUAGCAGAAACUGUCUCAUAAAGUGUGAUCGACAUCCUCAAAACAGUCCAGCAUUUGUAUUUAGUUAAUCAAAAUCUGGCUAAACAGUUUUUCUGCCUCCCUUCUUACUCCUUUAUUGUUAAUCUCACUUCCCAUCC